UAUUUUCCAGAGAAACACAGUUCGUAUCGUAAUCCGCGACGCAGACGAAGGCGCGACUCAGCUUGAAACCGUUCCACACACUAAUUUAUACAUUUUGGAAAUUGUUUAUAUAAAAUCUGGCAGACGAAGACGAACCCAACCAAGUUUGCUUCUUCUUUGCUUUCUGUGGCUACUCUCCGAUGCUGAUAUUUCUGAAUACAAGUGUGGAAGAAGAAAGGUAGUAUUUUGUAAAGGGUAUCUAAUUGCUCAGAAAGCAAAAUGGUGCAAGGUCUGUUACUGAACGCUCUAACUACGUCCCGCAAUGGUGCCUUCUGUGGAUCAAUGCCUUCGUGGAGGAAGCAUUUCAAACUAAUGACGAAAACCCAGAUAAGCUCUGUUAUUGAAGGGCAUGGUAUCUGGCAUCUGUGUCAUCAAAGCUUAGUCUUAAGAGGUAACCCCAAUAUGUUAAAACAAAGGAACGUGAGGGUGGAAGCUGGGUGGCUGUUUAAAAGGGGUGAUCAGGGGUUGAAUGCACGCUCAGAGCAAAGCGAGGCUGCUAAUGAGGAUAUUUUGAUAUUCUUUUUCCAGCUGGACCUGGCAACUCGAGUUCAGUAUGCUUUGAACACGGAACAGUAUGAUAUUGCACAACAACUAAGAAACAAGCUGACUGAGGUUGAAGCUGAGGUUAUUAGGCAGCAAGAGGCAAAAAGGGGAUCGUCUCUCAAGAGUGAAGCUCAAGAUAAGGCUAUAAGUAUCAUUCGCUUACGUGCAGACUUGCAGAAGGCAAUUGAGAGUGAGAAUUAUGUGUUAGCAGCCAAGCUACGGGAUUCAAUAUCUGAACUGGAGGCAGAAUCACUGGCUGCAUCCGCAAAAGCUUUGGCACAUGAAAAUGCAAAUUAUUCGUUUCGUUUGGGACAGAGAGUGAGGCAUAAAAAAUUUGGCUAUCGAGCAGUGGUUUGUGGAAUGGAUCCCGUUUGUUGUGAAUCAAGUUCAUGGAUGGAAACUGCAGAGGUUGAAAAGUUGCAUCAGGGCUCUAAUCAGCCAUUUUAUCAGGUUUUGGUUGAUGUACAUGCGGACCCCAACCUUCUGGUGGCAUAUGUUUCUGAGGAGAAUCUUUUAGCCCCUGACGAACCAGAUGUGGGACCAAUUGAACCUCCCUUAAUUUCCCUUUUUUUUCAUGGGAUGGAUGCCGCUGGGGAUUUCAUCCCGAUCAAGCAAUUGCGAGAGAAGUACAAUAGACCCCGACAUGAAAUACCCUUUGAUCCACUAGAUGAGGGGCAUGGAAGUGAUGCUUAGAUGCUUAGACAAAUCCAAGCAAAAGACCUUGUAUAAGAUACUGACCAUCAAUAUAUUUUUUUCAUCUUUUUUCCCCAUACAUUGAGAAUAGCUUCCCUACUCAUUAGAAUGUGGAUAGAUCAUUAAACGUGCAGAAAUCAACAGUCUCUAUCUUUAUGUUUGUA